UUUUCCACAAGCAAAAAUUAAAGGUGGAAACCUUACAAGCUUUUUUAUCUUGCCAAUGGCCACUAUUGAUGAUGGCUAUGCUUUAAUCUAUGCUAAUUCUACCAAUGAAACUGUCAAUAAUUCAUUCUUCACACGUGGCUCAGUAUACGCUAAUUUCAUAACAUAUAAUAAUACAUUUCAAAAUAGAACGAUUCUUCUCUAUACAUUUACCAAUAAUAUAACUUUUAAUGCAAUUUUUUGCGAUAUAGUAUCCGUUGGUGUUGGUCAAGUUUGCACACUUUCGAUCAAUAACGCCAUAGUAAAUAAUAUCACAAAAGAAUAUAAAAUUACAAAAGAAUUUAUAAGAAUAUACUUCUUAACGUCUGGAUCAGUGUUAAAAGUAUUAUCCAACCUCGAUCUCCCUAAUAUCACUACAUUUGGUGACGUAAAUUGGAUUGUGAACUCGAUGCCAUUCGGCAUAAAUGUAAUCACGGCUGUCGCCGUUUUUAUCUACCUUGCUAUACCAACAAAAGAACAGACAGAGAAAAUGAUCGAGGGAAUUGUUGGUGAUGCAAAGGAAAAAAUUAACGAUAAAAUAGAUGAAGUUGUCAGUAAAUAUAUUGAUGACGCAGCAAAUAGUAUUUUAAAGGAAAAUAAUAGAAGUAUCAAUGAAGGAAUUGAUGGCGCACAGGAAAAAGUUAUCAAUGAAACUGAUAAAAUUUUCGAGGGAUCUGAUGGUAUUAAGAAAGACAAGAACACAAUAAUCGAGAAAAUUGGUAAUGAAAUAAAGAAGAAUCUUAUCGAUAAAACAGAUAAAAUGAUCAAUGAAAUUGAUGAUGACAUAAAGAUUAAAAUUAUCGACGAAACAAAGAAAUAUGGUAGUGACAUAGAGGAGGAAAUAAUCAAGAAAAUAGAUGAAAUAAUCGCAAACUUCAAUAACAUAAACAAAAUGAACGAAGAAUUUGGUGGUGCCGCAAAGGAAAUUAUCGAAAAAUUUGAUAACAUAAAGAAGAAAAUGAACGAAGAAUUUGGUGGUGACGCAAAGGAAAUUAUUAAUAAAAAAUUCAAAAAAAUUGGUCGUGAAAUAGAAAAAAUUCUCAAUGAAGCAAACAAAAAGCUCAAAGAAGCUAAGCAAGGCAGAAUGAAGAAAAUUAUCAACAAAUUACCUGUCUCCGAUGAAGAGGAUUCUUCAAACGAAGAUACGAAUGAAAUAAUUAAUAAAGUUUUUGAGAAGAUCCCAGAAUACGCUCCUAGAAUAAUAAAGAACAGUUUUAAUGAUGGCAAUUUAUAUGAUAAUUCUGUUAAUGAAAUUUCCAAGAAAAUACAAUCCAGAUUUAAUGACAAAAGAUCCGAAAUUUUUCAACAAAUAUCUAAAAAAAGUUCUUAUACUCCCUUCAUGGAUAAUAUACUUUCUGUAGAAACUUCUACGGAAAUAAAAACACAACUUACUAAAGAUACUAAAGGGCUACAACUUAAUAUAGAAAUACAUCUUGUUAAAGAAAUAAGUUCUAUUGAGAUAAAAAGUAUAAUUUUUGCGAAGAUACAUACUGAAAUUGCCAUUAUACUACUUCAAGAACUUUUAAACAUAUUAUUGGAAAAAUUUUUUAUCCAAUUACAAGAAAAACUUCCAGCCAAAAUUAGAAACAUUAAAGAAUUUGAAGAUAUUAUUAAAGAAAAGACUUCAAUUAAUAAAUAUAAAGCGGAAGAAAUUUCUACUAAAAUUUCUAUUGAAUUUUCUACUGAAAUUUCUAAAAAAAUCAAAGAGGAAAUUUCUAAUAAGGUUCAAGAAGAAAUUUCUAAUACGAUUCAAGAAGAAAUUUCAAAUAAGAUUCAAGAAGAAAUUGAAAAUUAUUUUUACAAAACUCUUAAUACAAUUCACGAAUCUGAUAAAGUGGAAGAUGAAGAUAAACUAGAAAUUUCUAAUGGGCAAGAAGCUUCUAAUGAAGGGAAAGAUUCUUCGGAAAAAAAUUCCAAAUCGCAAGAACCUGAAGAACAAAAGAUUGCUAAAGAAAUACAAAAUCAUCAUUUCACAAUAACCUAUGAAAUUGAUGAAAUCAAAAACCUAUUUCAUAAGACAAUGGAUGAAAAACUUGAUAUUAAAACCGCAGAAAAAAAUAAACUUGUUAAAUCACUGAAUGAUAUAUUAAAUAAUGAUGUCAACAAGGAAGUAGAUAUGGAACAUAUAAUAUUCAUCAUUUUUGCAAUAUUUGAUAGCGAAUCAUUAAUAUUUUUGGAUAAUAUAGUAGACAAUUAUGCUAAAAAAGUAAAAAAAAAUUAUAAUGAUUUGAAGACUAACAGCAAAACUCAUGAUCCGAAGAGCGAUAAUAAUCAGAAGAGCGACUACGAUAAUAAUGACGAAAAUAAUGAUAACAAAAUUGAACGAUAUAUUAAAUGGUUUAUUAUAAUUAGAGUAUUGUUUGAAAUUAUUUUUAAGCACAUUCCACUUAUUAUUAUUAUGGCGGUUUAUGCUUCUUCAAUAGUGAUCUACUCUUAUAUGCCGUUUAUGGCAUUGAUAACCAUUACUUCAAUUAUUAAGAUCUCAAUUUAUGCAUUUUUGGCAGAACCUCCCCAAAAAACCAUUUAUUGCGAAAGUAGACUUUGUAAAAAAUCUGAUACAACUAAACUUAGAAG